AUGUCCCUUUUACCAGCAUAUCUAUUUUGUUUGUUUUCCCUUUUUUUAUCUUACAAUGGAGUUUUAUCGAAAUCUAAUAUUACGGACCCCGUUUCUCAAGAAGCAAUAUUUGACAAAGGAACUGCAAAUUCAAGUGAUGUUUCAGAACGAUUGGAACCGCCAAGUUUGAAUGGAAGGAACGGAACUGUAGAAUUUGACGAUCCAUAUCGACCUACUCUUGCUUAUCCUACAUCUAUAGCAUUUCUUUUUGUCUUUCUGACAUUGCUUUUUGGUGUCAUAGUAAGGGCCAUUAUGCUUUGUACUAGCAUGUGCAUCCCGUACAGAGUGGUCAUGUUUGUAUUUGGUGGUAUAUUAGGAUUUUUUGCGCACAAUUAUCCACAUUUUAAGCCUUUCGUGGAGAUCUGCUAUAUCGACGUUGAUCUAUUGCUAACAGUUUUCCUACCAAUUAUUGUGUUUUUCACGUCCUAUUCUGUCGAUUCACAUUCUUUCUGGCGCAGUUUCCCACAGAUUGUUAUGGUGGGUGUAUUCGGAGUUUUGCUCACUGCUCUUAUAGCUGCUUUCAUGGCAUACUAUUUAAUAGAAUCUUCCUGGAAUUUUUCUACAGCCCUUUUAUUUGGAAUUGUUUGCUCACCUAUAUACCCAGUAGAAAUAGUGACACAGUUAAAAGAAUUGACGAAAGGUAAAAAUAUAAGCGUUUUACUGCUAGGUGAGGGCUUGAUUGGAGAUGUCACAGUAAUGAUUGAGUUUACUGCAAUUUUCGGCUAUUUGGCAAUGGCGUUAACGGAUGCAUCUCAAAUAGCUUUAUUACUUCUACGUUUCGCUGGCGGAGGUGUGCUUUUGGGAGUCGUAAUGGGAAAGAUAACAGCUGGAUUGUUGUCAUUAACGUAUUAUGACUUACUUUGCUCUGUAACUGUGACUCUGGCCGGGGCAUACUUAACAUACUACAUUGGAGAGAAGUUUUUCUACGUGUCAGGGUUGUUGGGAACGGUUAUAGCUGGAGUUAUGGUAAGCAAACGAAAGUCAACUGUAUCUGCUGAAGUAGAACAAGUGGUAUCGCAUUUCUGGAGGAUUCUCUCCCAUAUUGCAAAUACACUCAUCUUCGCUAUAGUAGGCGUGGUGAUCUUCGAGAAAUUAUGUUACGUUAUUAGUGUUCGUCAAUGUGCUUUAAUAUUUGUGACGUAUACGACAGUGUAUACUUCGAGAUUGUUGGUGUAUGCAGCAAUGACACCUAUCCUUAGGCACAUAGGAUAUGGUAUGUCUUGGCAACAUGCAAUGGCUUGUGUUUGGGGAGGUUUGCGAGGUCCGUUGUCACUAUGUUUGGCUUUGAUUGUUCUUCAAACACCAAUUGUUGCAGAUGCUGGUGAGAUAUUCAUCAUACAAACAGCGGGUCUAGUUCUUCUUUCGCUCUUAAUUAAUGCGACUACAAUCACCAAAGUACUAAAGAUCCUUGGACUAGCGGAAAUAUCUCUGGCCAAGAAAGCGAAUAUGACCAACUGUGUCAAACGUGUAAUGAUGACAAGGGAUCGGUGUAUCUCAAUGCUUAAGAUGGAUAAAUUUCUUGCUGAUGCCAAUUGGGAUCUUGUGCAGGCCAAUACAACUAUAAAACAUCCGUAUCAAUUGCAAAUGUCCGGUCGCGAUGAGGAUAGUGACGAUGAUACCUAUAUGGGAUAUCAUUACACCACGUGUCCAGAUUGCGAGAGGGAGAUACCCAAUGAGCCUACUAAGAAAGAGAUAGCUGAAAUGUUGAGAGAAGCAAAUCAGCGUGUGUUGAAAGCAAUGAAGAUAUCGUAUUGGCGCCAAUAUGAACAUGGCAAGAUAAGUAAAGAUGGCGUCCGGACGUUGGUGCAAGCUGUGGAAGUGGCCGCUGAUUCUAACGAUGGCAGAAUUAAUUUGGAACAAUUGGGAACAUUGUGGAAACCAAAGGCUCACGCCGUCUGGCUUAGACGUAAACUAGUUGACAUGAUGAUACCAGACGCGGCAAAUGCUCAAGUGCCCAGACAUCCUUGGAGGCAGCGUUGCUACAGGAUUGUCACAAAUGUGUGGUUCGAUGGAUUUAUAUACGUCAUGAUUCUGUGUAACACACCCGUUAUAUUGUUCGAAGUGGCCAUGCGGGGGCCUGUGACCCCUACGGUUACGUUUACGAUCAAGUCUUUGAACUUAUUCUUCUUCAUUAUAUAUUUGUGGGAGAUGUUGAUAAAAUUCUACGCUUUGACCAUUCGCGGAUAUUUUAAAUCGCACUGGAAUAAGUUGGAUUUCUUUAUUAUUGUUAUGGCUACUGGAGAUUUAAUCCUAGAUAUAAUAGAUUCGGUUACUAUGUGGGACAAAUGGAAUAAUUUGAAUUCCAGUGUUUUAACAGCAACUAAACUAUUGCGAAUGCUGCGUUUUCUACGUUUAUGUAAAUUGGCAAGGGUGUCUGUACCAAAAAUAAUGGCUUACAUAGAUAGAAUGAUUGACAUACAACUGGCCUUUGGGUACGAUGUUGGGAAGGGCUUCGUGACAGGUGAAACCGAAGUAUGCAAUCUUCUUCCACAGUUAGUGGAUAAUAUUCAAAUACAAGAAACAUUGUAUAAUAAACUCGAAGCUGACAGACUAGCAGUAACAAGACAAUUAGGCCUUUUACAAAGGGACCGGCCGUGGACUGCAAUAACUGUGAAAACGAGGCAAGCGACCACAUCCACUCUGAACAUUAUGCUUUCAGAUGCCAUGCAACUAAAAGAAGAGGGAUUUCUAGACGAAAUGGAAUAUCGAUUGCUAGUAAAUGCAAUACAAGAAAGAGUCCAGGCCAUUCGUCACAAGGGCAGUUUAGUGGCGCCAUCUUCACCUGAGACACAACUCCGUGCGAUAUCAUGGUUGCAAGGGAAUGAGAGAGUGGCGGACUAUUUCAUAGAAAAUUCGGAGAUACAUAACUAUAAUAUAAACGAUAUAUUAAUAUCCAGAGGUGAUCAGCCCAAAGGUCUUUACAUACUAGUGUCAGGGUUGUGUGAGGCUUCGUACUUGCCACCUGAAGAAGAUUUGGACGAAGCAAUACCUAAUUAUGAGUUUCUUACUGAUCUCAAGUUUUCGGAACCGAGUCAAGAUUAUAUUGUUUCGGGGAACGCGAUUGGCGUUUUGGGUGUAUUGACCAAUCGCCCAUACAAUUACACCGUCCGCUGCGAAUCUGCAGUACAAGCUUAUUAUAUAACCAUGCAAGUUAUAAAGGAGGCGUUUAACCUGGCGCCGAAUCCUAUUAUGGGGUUAGAGUCAUCAAUGUGGCGGGAGAUAGGCAUCAAACUCUCCUUGAUGGUGUUACCAAGUGUGCCAGCAUACCAUUCCUGGUCAUCAGAGAAGAUCAGCAUGCGGCUGGAGCAUGCUUUUGUCCCCUGCUUGAAAGCUUUUAAGAUAUUUGUGGUGAGCGAAUUAAUGGAAGAUAUCAUUCUAUUGGACGGUGUAUGCCAGGAUCUAGCUACGAGGGAAUUAUUUCAACCCCCUUGCUAUAUACCAAGAACCGUCCACCGACUAAUAUUUCCUAAGUCGUCCCAACUGAUUGUCUCUGGCCAGUGUCCAGAGACAAAGUUGUUGAUAGUUCCCGCCAAAGACACAGACGAGCUGGAUAUCAUGGAGGACGAAUUAGAUGACUUGCAAUGCGAGUUGGUGUCGAAUGCCUCAUCCCGAUGCCUAUAUCACAAAGUGGUCAGAAAACUGUCGACUGAAUCUAGGAAUAAGAGCGCAAUGCGCGGCCGGAAGCGACGGCGCGCUGGCCUGAAGCGCGUCAAUUAUAGAGAAUCGGUGUGGGGCAAACAGAUAUCGACUGCAACCAUGCCAGUAAUGGCGGGAACUCAGAGUGACAAGGAAUUUUCUAAAUAUUUUAAACCGAGUUUAGAUGAAGUGCCCGAAAAAUUGGAAUCUCCAAAGGCAACCGGUCUCCAACUAUUUCCGUAG